AUGCUGGCCACAAAUGCAACUAGAACUAAAAAGUUAAAACCAAUAAUAAUUAGAUCAUCCAUUGAACCUAGAGCUUUAGUUCACUUAAAUUAUGAUGCUUUAUCUUUUCGUUUAGCAAACUGGCAAAUUUUAUUGAUAGUUGAUGAUACAACGAGUCAUUAUAAUCCUAAUGAUAAUAAUAGCCAAAAUAUAUUGUAUGAAGAAUCAAUUAGUAAAGAAUCAGAUGAAGAAGAAUCAGAUGAGGAAUCAGAUGAAGAAUCAGAUGAUAAUGAUUAUUAUGAUGAUAAUAAUAAAGAUAAAGAAGUUCAUGCAAGCUUGUUUAACAUUGUAUAUAGACAGCAUGGCUGUCCAAGACUAAAUGCAAUUAGUAUUAAUGAUGCUACUUUUGCUAUUCAAGACUUGACAGAGUUAGAAAAGGAUGAUGUUGAUAAAUUAAUUAUAGACUUAACAAUGAAUCUGCCAAAUCCAACAAUCGAGUGCCAGUUAAAUGAAUUUAAUGGCAACAAUGUUUUUCAAAUACCUACUGAAGAUAUUCUUGAUGAAGAGCAAAUCAUUAAUAUUGUAUUAGAUGAACAACAGGAGUUUGAAAAGGGUGAUACAAGUGAUACUGACAUUCCACCACCUGAAAUUCCUGUUUUAGAAGGCUUGGAUGGUUUAAAAAAGUUUAUUAGUUUUUUUGAGCAACAAAAAAGUCGUGAUUUCAAUAUAAAGGAUUUGAAAGUUUUUAAAAAAUACUUAUCAUUAAUGAAAAGAAAACAUAUUGACUUGCUAAAACAAAAAUCAAUUACUAAUUUUUUUUUACCUGUUUAUAAUUGA